GGGGAGUGGAGUGAGAUUAGAAAAUGCAUUCAGCGCAUCAGUGGGGAGGGCCGUUAGAGAUUUCCAAUGCGGCGGCGGCGGGGGACUCGUCCACCGAGGAAUGGGACAGGGCGUCGGCGACCCAGCACUCAACCACAAACCCCCGCCACGCCGACCUCGACGAGACGCAGCAGAGCUGGCUCCUCGGGCCGCCGGACCGCCGGAAGAAGAAUAAGUACGUUGACUUGGGAUGCGUCGUUUGCCACAAAAAGGCCCUCAAGUAUACCCUAUCCGCCGCCCUCCUCGCCUUUCUCGUCUUCGCCCUCCCCACCAUCGUCGUCAGGCUGGUGCCCCACCACCACCCCCGCCCUCCGCCGCCUGAUCGUUACUCCGCCGCCCUUCGCCACGCCCUCCUCUUCUUCAAUGCCCAGAAAUCGGGGAAAUUGCCGAAAAACAAUGGAAUCCCGUGGAGAAGAGAUUCGGGGCUGAGUGAUGGGUCGAAAUUGACAGAUGUAAAGGGAGGAUUAGUAGGCGGGUAUUACGACGCCGGAGACAAUGCGAAGUUCCAUUUUCCGAUGUCGUUUGCGAUGACGAUGCUGAGUUGGAGUGUGAUUGAAUACGAGCACAAGUUCCGGGCCGUCGGAGAGUAUGAACACGUCCGGAGUCUCAUCCGAUGGGGUACUGAUUACCUGCUCCGGACUUUUAACUCAUCCUCCUCGCAAAUUCACAAAAUUUAUAGCCAGGUCGGUGGGUCUCAUAACGGCUCAAAAUCACCUGACGAUCAUUACUGCUGGCAAAGGGCAGAGGACAUGACGUACACGCGCCUAGUCCAAACGGCAUACGAAGGGCCCGACCUCGCCGGAGAAAUCGCUGCGGCGUUAUCGGCGGCUUCUAUCGUAUUCCGUGACGAUUCCGAAUACUCAUCGAAGCUGUCUAAAGGUGCAGAGGUCGUAUUUGCCUUCGCCAGGGAUAGCGGAAAGAGAUCCACAUACAGUCGGGGGAAUCCGUACAUCGAGCCCUACUACAACUCCACCGGCUACUUCGACGAGUACAUCUGGGCCGCCAUUUGGUUGUACUAUUCGACCGGAAAUAGCAGCUAUCUUUCGCUGGCGACCGAUUUUGAAAUUGCAAUGAAUGCUAAUGCUUUGGUGGUUGUCCCGGAUUUGGGUGUUUUGAGCUGGGAUAAUAAGCUGCCCGGAGCUAUGUUACUCCUCACCCGGUUAAGGAUCCAUUUGAAUCCGGGUUAUCCCUAUGAAGAAUUGUUGCAAAGUUAUCACAAUGUUACCACCCUUACGAUGUGCUCUUACCUCAGACAGUUCAAUGUCUUCAACUUCACUGCAGGCGGACUGAUUCAAUUGAACCAUGGGGAGGGUCAACCGCUGCAGUAUGUAGUGAAUGCAGCUUUCUUGGCAUCUCUGUUUGCUGAUUACUUGGAAGCAACGUUUAUUCCUGGAAUGAAUUGUGGUCCACACUAUAUCCCCUUGGAUGUUCUUCGUGAUUUUGCUACUUCUCAGAUCAAUUAUAUCUUAGGUGACAAUCCAUUGAAGUUCAGCUAUGUGGUGGGUUACGGGUCAAGAUUUUCCAAGCAUGUUCAUCAUCGGGGCGCAUCAAUACCAAACAAUGAGAUCAAAUACUCAUGUACUCAAGGAUGGAAAUGGCGAGACACAAGAGAACCAAACCCAAAUAACAUCAUUGGUGCCAUGGUUGGUGGACCAAAUCGAUUUGAUCAGUUUCAAGAUUUACGCACAAGUUACAAGUAUACAGAGCCCACUCUGGUAGGCAACGCAGGGUUGGUUGCUGCUUUGGUGUCCCUUACUAAUAGUGGUAAUUCUGGAGUGGAUAAGAACAUUAUUUUCUCUGGUGUUCCUCCGUUGUACCCAACUACUCCUCCACCACCUCCGCCGUGGAGACCUUGAAUAGUGCGAUAAGCUAGCAUUAGUAUGUAGUUUUGUACAAAACAGGUUAAUUGAAGCUACCUCCCCAAGAUUUAAUUAAAUUACCAAAUGACUCUUGGGUUAAUGAAUUGAAACACUUUUUAUGUUUCAUAAUUUUAUACAAUUCUCAUUGAAUGAUGAUAGCAUGCAAUAUGGCAUUAGGUAUUGUUGUAUUUAUUAAAUAAACUGUCCUCGCUUUUUUAAAAGAGAACACUUUUAAUAGUUUAAUAAUAUAAUAGUUUGAUGGUGUUAA